AUGCACACCUAUCCAUACUGGCGUAACCCAAACGUACUUUGGAAGAAAAGCUCAAUUCUAGCUGCCAAGCCAUUCACAGUCGUCGAAUGCGGGAAACCCCAAAAGGGGGCGUCUGAAAGUGACCAUUUCCACACCGCUAUCGCUCCAGUGCUGACCCUGUCCCAACUGUUUGGGGUGUUCCCCCUACAAAGUGUCCUGAAUCGCGCUCCCGAAAGCAUGACGUUCCGAACGGUCUCCGUGACCUGCGUCGUCAGCGCGAUUUCCAUCUUUGGCGGAUACACGAUGUUACUACUCAGCUUGGUACGUCUAGGUCGUGACCUGAACGCCAUCAACGUUGCCGAGCCCAUCUUUUUUGGCAUCUGUGCCACGAGUUUGGUCAUAUUCUGGCAACUGGCCAAACAGUGGCAAGCCAUCGCCGUUGCGUGGUCCCGUACGGAGCGAACAUUUGUUCGGUAUAAAUCGAACCUCAAAGGGAAAAUCCGUUUUGUGGCCGCGGCGCUUCUUCUGAUGGCUCUCGCUGAACAUCUUCUUUUCGUUGCCAACAACGUCAGCUAUAUGCUUAAGGAGAUCGACUACUGCAACUGGACGAUACCAGAUCCGGCCAAGUUUUUCUUUGCAAAGACGUUUACCACGACGUUCCAUACCUUUGCGUACAGUCUACCAAUUGCUAUCUACAAUGAGUACAUCAUCAUAUCGAUGACGUUCGUGUGGAACUUUAUUGAUCUAUUCAUCAUGCUGAUCAGCAUAGGCAUUGCGGCGCGAUUUGACCAGCUACGAGACCGCGUAUUUGACCGCAUCAACAGCUGGACACCGACGACCGAACACUUUUGGGAGCAAAUCCGUAUCCAGUACGUGGCGUUGUGCGAACUAGCCGCAUCUAUCAAUCGUGCCAUUAGCAAGCUGGUAUAUGUAUCCUACGCCAACGACACUUAUUACAUCGUAUUGCAAAUCAUGAACGCGAAUCAGGAGCAACCGUCGGUGGUCAACAAGGUGUACUUUUGGUAUUCUUUCGCAUAUCUUCUGCUUAGGACAUUUCUCAUGUUCUGGUACAGCGCACAAGUCGAACACACGAGUCACGGGAUGUGCCGGUUGAUUCAGCUGGUACCCACCGCAGAAUACUGCGACGAGCUGCAACGGCUGCAGAUGUACACCAAGUGCGGUGCUAGCCUCAACGGAAUGGGUGUAUUCAGCGUUUCGAGGCGGAUUGUGCUGACGCUGACCGGAACGAUUAUCACCUACGAGCUGGUACUGCUCUCCUACCGGGAAGGCUCAUCUGACCAACACUCCACCACCAUUUCAUCAAAGAACCGGUCUCCGUCCAGCGCAAUGGACUCUCUGAACAACGCACUGCGGCCAGUGUUUGUCGUGUACCAGCUAAUGGGCACGUUCCCCGUUGGUGGAAUCCUUCAACGGAGUUCCGUCGGUUUACGAUUUAGGUGGCUCUCGGUGCAGUUUCUCUUCUCCCUAACCCUAAUCAUUGUCGGGCUAGUCAUGGUCUACAUCGAGUACGAACGACUGGAGAGGAUUGAGCCAACGCAAAUAAUACCAUUGGGAUAUUUGGAGCAUCUCCUCUCGAAAACGGCCGGCAUCAUCAACCAAUCCCACGAAGCUAAAUUUUGCAACUGGGAGAUUAAAAGCUUCGCACACUACUACGCUUCCCGUCAAUACGCGUUCAUCUUCAAGCACAUCCCGUUCAACAUACCCGUGCUUGCCUUCUUCGAAUACUGCAACGCCGCCCUAACGAUGGCCUGGACCUGUCAGGACCUCCUCAUCAUUCUAAUCAGCAUGGCCCUGUCGCAUCGUUUUCGUCAAAUCUACGCCCAGGUUCAACCGUUCAGCAGUGGUAUCGUCAUUGCCGCUGAAAAGUUCUGGUCCGACAUCCGGGCCCAGCACACACUGCUUGGUCAACUGGUGCGCGACACGAACCGUUUGCUAGCUCCACUCAUCAUUGCCUCAUGCGGCACCAACCUGUACUUGAUCUGCUUUCAACUCCUCAACAUAUCCCGAAAACAGGAAAGUCUCGCUUCUAGCGUUAACCACUGGUAUGCCCUGUGCUAUCUGAUCGUGAAGACGAACCUGGUGUUCUACCACACGGCCAUGGUCAACGAAACGGCCCGGGCGCCGCUGGCCAUCUGCCGUCGCAUACCCAACAUUGGCUGGUGUCUGGAGCUGGAACGGCUAGUAGAUCAGCUGCGCAACGAGAGGGUUUCACUGUCCGGGAUGGGAUUCUUCCAUCUCACCAAACGGACGAUGCUGGCGAUGGCCGGAACGGUGGUAACCUACGAGUUGCUGACCGGAACGAUUAUCACCUACGAGGUGUUGUCCUUCAUGCCAAGAAAAAGCCGGUCUCCGUCCAGUGCAAUGGACUCUCUGAACAACGCUCUGCGGCCAGUGUUUGUCGUGUUUCAGCUAAUGGGCACGUUUCCCGUAGGUGGAAUCCUUCAACGGAGUCCCAUCGGUUUGCGAUUCAGGUGGCUCUCGGUGCAGUUUCUCUUUUCCCUAACCCUGAUUGGUUUCGGACUGUUAAUGGUCUACAUAGAGUACAAACGGCUGGAGCGGAUUGGAGCAAACGCAAAUAAUACCAUUGGGAUACUGGUGUACGUGGACACCGUACUGAUUAUCGCUUUGCUAGUCAAUCUAGCACGCAAGUGGCGCCCGUUGGCACUUGAAUGGGAACGCGUUGAUCGGGAAUUCCUUGCAAAAGAAACUGGUGAAGCUAAAAAAAGCCUCCGUAAGACCGUUUGGUUCACUUCCGGUGUGAUGAUCGUUUGCGCUUUGUUGGACCACCUCCUCUCGAAAACCGCCGACAUCAUCAACCAAUCAAACGAAGCUAGAUUCUGCAACUGGGAAAUUAAAAGCUCCGCGCACUACUUCGCAUCCCGUCAAUACGCGUUCAUCUUUAAUCACAUCCCGUUCAACAUACCCGUGCUUGCCUUCUUCGAGUACUACACCGCUGCCCUAACGAUGGCCUGGACCUGUCAGGAUCUCCUCAUCAUCCUAACCGGCAUGGCCCUGUCGCACCGUUUCCGUCAAAUCUACGCCCAAAUUCAACCGUUCAGCAGUGGUAUCGUCGUAGCCGCUGAAAAGUUCUGGUCCGACAUCCGGGCCCAACACUCCCUCCUCGGUCAACUGGUGCACGAUACGAACCGUUUGCUAGCUCCGCUGAUCAUCGCCUCAAGCGGCACCAACCUGUACCUGAUCUGCUUCCAACUCCUCAACAUAUCCAAAAAGCAGGAAAGUCUCGCUUCGAGCAUCCACCGCUGGUUUGCCCUGUCCUAUCUGAUCGUGCGGACAACCCUAGUUUUCUAUCAUACCGCCAUGGUCAACGAAACGGCCCGAGCGCCGUUGGCCAUCUGCCGUCGCAUUCCCAACAUUGGCUGGUGUCUGGAGCUGGAACGGCUAGUAGAUCAGCUGCGCAACGAGAGGGUUUCACUGUCCGGGAUGGGAUUCUUCCAUCUCACCAAACGGACGAUGCUGGCGAUGGCUGGAACGGUGGUAACCUACGAGUUGGUGAUGCUGAAGUUUGCUAAAGACACUGAAGGGAUUGGUGACGUGAAGCCGUGCUCGCGGUUGGCUUUCUCCAAGGACACUUAAAAAUGAUUAGGUUCAAAAAGAAUUGUUAUGAAAUAUCUUGGUGACCCAGAAUUCUAAAAUGUCUAGUGCCCACGUGGUU